CUGUUUUCAGCGUCUACGAAUACUGGUUCGAAGUAUGGUUCGAAAUCUUCUUCAAAAGGAACUCCCAAAUCUACCCCGAGAGAACCCGUUCGAAGGUCUAGAGAGCUUUCAUCACCUAAUCGUGGAUCGGAAGUGUCACCUUGGUCUUCAUCAGUGAGGAAAAGAGAGUGGGAAAGGGAUCCAGCCCCAUUGCAGAACGAACGCUACCCUGUGGGUAGCAUGUAUGAGGAGAAGAGAUCCUAUAACGAACCAUAUCUACGCAAUGAUGGCAGAGGUGCCGCUGAUGUAUCGCCGUGGUCGAGACCUACAACCCAAACAGAUGAAAUGUAUAAGUUGGAAGCAUUGAUGCGCAAAGCAGCUGCAGAGAAUUCUUCUUCGUUUGCAGCUGCGAGACAGGUGGAGCGAAUGGGCUUGGGUUCUGCCUUCGGAUCAAUGGAUACCAUGGAUUCCAGGGUAUGCUGCGUUUCGCACAACACGUAA